AUGAACCCGCGAUCUGCUCAUCCUUACCAGGUGUAUGACAGGCUCUACCCGCCCGGCAUCGCGCAGUCUAGCUACUCUCGGCAGCUCUAUAGUGCGGUCCGUGGAAGCGGGAGUGCUCAGCCGUCACCGUUCGGGCAAGCUCAUGGGCACUCGUUCACACUCGAGAACGGUCAGGAAACUGGUCUUGGGCAACCUUACGAUGCCACGCAAACAGGUGCCUACCCACAGCCCAUAAACCCUCAGCUCGGUUACGGUGGUACCCCAUCAGGGGUGAACGCCCAGCCAGCUGAGCUUGGGCAACUUUACGGCGGUAUUCGAGCAACAGGGCACGCGCAGCAAGCUGGGCUUGAGAUACCUCAAGCUGCGCUCCCCCCUGCCAGCAACGCUCAGCCACCAAACCUUCAACAGGGUUAUGGCCCUUUCCAGCGCGAGUUCGGGAAUGUACAGGCAGCUAUUCAGCACCUCGACAGUGUGAAGUGGAGGCCAGAAACAGCUCAUACCGCCGACCCUACCUUCCCAACGAAUGAUGCUGAGAUUGAGCGUCACGUCCUGGCGGUCUACAACGCGCUCGUGAACCUGGACAACAUAAAAGAUGCACCGCAUUCAAGGCAAGCCAGUAGGUUCAGGCGGCAGCAUUGGAGCCAAGCGGACGUAGAGGCCCGAGCACAUCAAGUCGUGAAAACCGCUCUGGACCUGCAUCAGCAUGGCUCGAGACUCAUGGAAGGCCUCGACCAGGUAGGGCCUCGUGCAGCAGCCCGUCAGCACAAGUUCGGCGAACGGAUGACCCACGUCUGCAAUCUUCUGCGCCGUUACAAGACUGCCUGUUUGGAUGUCAUGGAAGGCCACAAGCUAGGGCAGAUUGUCAAUAACCCCGAUGCCGUAGGGAGCCGGAAGGAGACCAAUGCCAAGAACAAUGACAACAAGAAAUCGCUCUACCAGGAUGGCCAAGAUGCUAGAAACGCUAGGAAACGCAAGCGCGAAACUGGAGCUGAGGUUGAGGCGUCUGAAGAGGAAGAGAGCCAGCCUGAGGAGGAAACGGCUAAUCCGAGUAAGAAGCGGAAGAUUCAGGCUCCCAGGAAGACCCAGCCGGCUCGAAAGGCGGCAAAAGCAGCACAAGAUGGGGCUCAGCAGCAACAUGUGGAUGCACCCGCUCGAUAUGACUCCGUUGGUACAGGAAUGCCAACCGUGCAAGCCAUGAACGCGCGAGAAAGCCGUACGGGCACCGCUGACGCUCACCCUCCUGCGGCGCUUGCAGAAGCUCCCAGAGACAGAACAGCAAGCACACUGCACCGUCCGGGUCCGAGCAGCUUCCACGGUAUUCAGGCCCAGCAACGCUUGCAGCCUGCGAGCUCGCCGGCAGCAUCAUUGGCCUCGCCCCAAGUUUCUGCAGCACAAGAAGGCGAGUCCAGGACGAGCGUCGCUCCUGGUCUUACGCCAGUGGCAGACCCAGCCUUGAACGCGCCAGCGAACAUGCCUUACUUCCAAUAG